AUGGCUCUUAAACCGACAUUGCCCUGUGCUGUCUUCCUUCUGGUAUGCCUAAUCAAUAUCAUCUCCUCAUCAUCACCGUUAACUAAUGGCGCUUCCAAGACCAACCCCAUGAAACCUCCGCGACUUGCCGUGACACUCAUCCACCCUGAUUCUAUUCGCUCUCCUUAUUACAAUCGAAACGCCAGCUCCUAUGAUUUAGUUGAACGUGCCAUCGAUGGUUCGAUUGCGCGCAUUCGCUCCCUGAGCAAACGAGUUGCUGUUCCGAAUGACUACUCCUUCCGUGCCGGUCUCAUUGCGGAUAUUAGAGGAGUUGCGUUCCUCGUGAAAAUAUCCGUCGGCACGCCGCCGGCACCACAGCUCUUACUUAUCGACACCGGAAGUGACCUCUUCUGGUUUCAGUGCGUACCCUGCAUCUCCUGCUUCAAACAAUCUCUUCCUCUCUUCGAUCCCGCCAAAUCCUCAUCGUAUUCCAAUAUCCGUUGUAACUCCGCCGCGUGUACUCUUUCGACAAGAGAGUGUGAUAGAGAUAAAGGAUAUUGUACUUAUAAUUAUACAUACGUCGAUGGAUCCGGCACACGCGGUAAUCUUGCAUCUGAAAACGUAACUUUCGAGACAUCUGACGAGGGAACAAUGGUAAUACCAAUUAGAGUGGUCGGGUGCGGUCAUGAGAAUAGUGGCAGCGUCGAUGGGCAGCUAACCGGCAUAUUAGGGUUGAGUUACCAUCCUUACUUGUCUCUUAUUCAACAGGUGGGUUCCAAAUUUUCCAUCUGCAUAGGCGACAUACAUGACCCGCAGUAUCAGUACAAUCAACUGGUCCUCGGGGAUGAUUCAGUGCUCGAAGGCGAUUCCACAACUCUGGACGUGUAUGGGGGUCACUAUUACGUGAACCUCCAAGGCAUAAGCGUCGGAGAUACAAGGCUGAAGAUCGAUCCCGAAGCGUUCAAAAGAGCGCCUUCCGGACAGGGCGGAGUUGUCUUGGACUCAGGAUCAGGACUGACAUGGCUGAGGGGAGAUGGGUAUGUCCCACUGCAGAACGAAGUUCGAAGAUUGCUGGAACCCCGCCUACGUCGGGCUAAAUACGGGCAUGAUGUGGAGUUCUUGUGCUAUGUGGGGACGGUGCAAACGGAUCUACAACGGUUUCCAGUCGUGACGUUCCAUUUAGAGGACGGGGCCGAACUAGUCCUCGACAUCGACAACAUGUUCUUCCAAGUAAAGCCAAACAUGUUUUGCAUGACAGUGGUUCAAUCGGAUCUCAAACUUCAGGGUUUGUCUCUAAUUGGAGUGCUGGCACAACAGUACCACAAUAUCGGGUAUGACAUUUCACAAAAGAAGCUCUUCAUUCAAAGGAUAGAUUGUGACCUUCUGGAUCGAGACAGUGCUUUCUCGUGA